AUGGAUUGUCGGAAACGCCAUCUGAGGGGAAAUCUCACAAAAGACGCUGAUUGCUCAUUCUCAAUUUGGUGCUCUGGACGUGAUACCUCUCAAGUGAAAUUAGUUUCAUUGCAAGCGGCUCGAGACGGGGCAUUAUUGGUAACUGGCCAAGGUAUUAGCACAUUUCGCUACGAAGAACCCGUCGUUACUCCGUAUCUUUACCCUGUCUACCGUCAAAGAAGAUCAUUCUCCGGGACGAUUGGGCAUGGUCCUUUGCGAUCAUUAAAUGGUGCUGAACUUCUUGAGGGCGUUCGAGAAGAUUCUAUUACUGGAAAGCAUCAGAGCUUCAUGCGUGUAACUGCCAAACAUUCUAACCAAGACCGCACUCCAUUACAAUUGGCUGCCGAACUUGAUGUACGAAAACUACAAUCGACAACUAACAUGUUUCUGUUAGUCGUCCGGGGCUCACCGAUUGCGCCUCACGAAUCGCAAUUCACCGUUUCGAAAGACGAAAACCUGAAUCAACGUCGACGUAUUUACCUCGACGGCCACGACGGAGAAUCAGAGACCUUGGUAUUCAAAGUUUACAAUCAUGGCGUUGGUGUGAGAAUGCAGCCACAUGAGAUCGUUGAUGCGGAUGAUGCGAUUCGCGACGCGAAUUGGAUCAUUGCUCCACGAGAAUGGAAAACUUUCAACAAGGGACAAUUUCAACAAUAUGAAGUGAAGGUCAAAUUUCCACGCAACCGAGUCCCUAAUUACACUUAUGUUUAUACAAGUAUCGCUGGCAACAAGAGUCGCACCGUUCGUGAUCGUACUGAUGUUCGAGCGCAAGGACAAGCCGCUUCCGCCCGCGCCAGUCCUUUCACCACC